UGCUUCCAGCUUGGCUUGGAUGUGCAACCUUAAUAAAACUCACUGAGGUCCGGGAGAAAAUAGCAGAUCUGCAGCAGAUAGGGUAGAGGAAAGGGUCUAGAAUAUGUACACGCAGCUGACUCGGGCAGGCUCCACGCUGAACGAUUACACAGAGAGGAAACAAUAAAUCUCAGCUACUAUGCAAUAAAUAUCUCAAGUUUUAACUAAGGAAACUAUCAUUACAGUGAUUUUUUUUUUUAAUUACAACAUUUUAGAACAAAUCUAACAAAUGGCUCGUUUUCAGUGACUUUUUCAAAAGAUUUCUUGGAAGGGGAAAAGUCAAGCAAACAAGCAGUUUUACCUGAAAUAAAGAACUAGUUUAAAGGUCAGAAGAAAGGAGCAAGUUUCUCGAGAGGCACGGAAAGCGAGUGCUGGCCGUACAAUGACAGUUUUCCUUUCCUUUGCUUUCCUCGCUGCCAUUCUGACUCACAUAGGGUGCAGCAACCAGCGCCGGAGUCCAGAAAACGGUGGGAGAAGAUAUAACCGGAUUCAGCAUGGGCAGUGUGCCUACACUUUCAUUCUUCCAGAACACGACGGGAACUGUCGUGAGAGUACGACAGACCAGUACAACACAAAUGCUCUGCAGAGAGAUGCUCCACACGUGGAACCGGAUUUCUCUUCCCAGAAGCUUCAACAUCUGGAGCAUGUGAUGGAAAAUUAUACUCAGUGGCUGCAAAAAAUUGAGAACUACAUUGUGGAAAAUAUGAAGUCGGAAAUGGCCCAAAUACAGCAGAAUGCAGUUCAGAACCACACGGCCACCAUGCUUGAAAUAGGAACCAGCCUCCUCUCUCAGACUGCAGAGCAAACCAGAAAGCUGACAGAUGUUGAGACCCAGGUACUAAAUCAAACUUCUCGUCUUGAAAUACAACUUCUGGAGAAUUCAUUAUCGACAUAUAAGCUUGAGAAGCAACUACUUCAACAGACUAAUGAAAUCCUAAAGAUUCAUGAGAAAAACAGUUUGUUAGAACAUAAAAUUUUAGAAAUGGAGGGAAAGCACAAGGAAGAGUUGGACACCCUAAAAGAAGAGAAAGAGAAUCUUCAAGGCUUGGUUACCCGUCAAACAUAUAUAAUCCAGGAACUGGAGAAACAGUUGAACAGAGCCACCACCAACAACAGUGUCCUUCAGAAACAGCAGCUGGAGCUGAUGGACACAGUGCAUAACCUUGUCAACCUUUGCACUAAAGAAGGUGUUUUACUAAAGGGAGGAAAAAAAGAGGAAGAGAAACCGUUUAGAGACUGUGCAGAUGUAUAUCAAGCUGGUUUUAAUAAAAGUGGAAUCUACACUAUUUAUAUUAAUAAUAUGCCAGAACCCAAAAAGGUAUUUUGCAAUAUGGAUCUUAAUGGGGGAGGUUGGACUGUAAUACAACAUCGUGAAGAUGGAAGUCUGGACUUCCAAAGAGGUUGGAAAGAAUAUAAAAUGGGGUUUGGAAAUCCCUCGGGUGAAUAUUGGCUGGGGAAUGAGUUUAUUUUUGCCAUAACCAGUCAGAGGCAGUACACACUCAGAAUUGAGCUAAUGGACUGGGAAGGAAACCGAGCCUAUUCACAGUAUGACAGAUUCCAUAUAGGAAAUGAAAAGCAGAACUACAGGUUGUAUUUAAAGGGCCACACGGGGACAGCAGGAAAGCAGAGCAGCCUCAUCUUGCACGGCGCUGACUUCAGCACGAAGGAUGCUGAUAAUGACAACUGUAUGUGCAAGUGUGCCCUCAUGCUCACAGGAGGCUGGUGGUUUGACGCUUGUGGCCCAUCCAAUCUGAAUGGAAUGUUCUAUACUGCCGGACAAAACCAUGGAAAACUCAAUGGAAUAAAGUGGCAUUACUUCAAAGGUCCCAGUUACUCCUUACGUUCCACCACCAUGAUGAUUAGGCCUUUGGACUUUUGAAGGCACAAACAUCAGAAGCAAUCAUAAAAACAACAGAAAUCUGAAGAAACUACCAGAUGACUAACUGCUUGCAAACCUCUCAAGCAAACAACAUUGUCUCCCUUCCAGUAGCAAGUGGCAGUUAUGUGAAAUCAUCAACCUUGCAGACUCUGGAUUUGAGCCUCUUGAAUUCGCUCAAGUCUAUCCUUGGAGUAGCCUUGACUCCUGUGCUGAGGCCACGGAGAAGACCACUGACUGUCAGGCUCUUAAAAGGCAAGAAACUACUCAGUUUGCUGUGCUUCAAACUACUACUGGGUCCUAUUCAGGAACUGUGGUGGCCAGAAGAUAAAUAUGGCUUUUUAAUGUAAAACUGAAGAUGUGGGGGGGAAAUUAAUGAAAUAUACAUGAAGAAUAGAAACAGGCAUGCCAUCACCCCUUGGGAAAGAUGUUUUACACCUACAAAAUGGUGUUAUUCUUAUGCAAACCUACUAACAAUGACUUUAUACUGGUGCGCAAUUUUAAUAAAAGUUCAAAGAACAGUUCUGCCCUCUGAGUUGGUUAAUGGAUUUCAGAAGCCUAAUUCUUAAGUCAUAUUUACUAGUUAAUUUCAGUUAACCUGUCUUCAAAUGUAAAUUUUAUUUUCGUAAACCAUAAUGAAUUAUAGUGCCGGAAGAAUAACAGUGUGUGUGAGAUAGGUUCACACUUUUACUCUUGAGUUUUUGAUACAGUUUUAUGAAGAAAUAGACAUAAUCAAGUAAUAUGUAUGAUGUCUAAAAAAAUUAUCCCAUCCUUGUUCCACAAUUUUCACUUAUUUUAAAAAAAUGACCAAUAUAUAAAUAUAUUUAUGCCGUGAAUAAAGUUUAAAGAAUGUGAAAUAUAUCAGGCUCUUUUACAUGCAUUUAAUACAUCCUUUGAUAUUAUACAUGAAAGCAGUAUUUUAGAGUGUAUUAAGCUGAAAAAAAAUCAAAUAAACUGGAGCAGUUCAUUUUACACUAUCCUCUUGCAUAUAUGUACAUUUAAGUGUAACUACAUUAUUUUUUUAAUGUUCUUAGAUCUUUCACUUCUUUAUCCUGCUAUUUCAUGCUAAUUUAAUUUUUGCUAAUUAACUGAAACAUGUUUUCCAUCCUUUUCCAGUUUCUAUAAAAGAUAUACUUAGAAGUCUAUGACAAGUAAAAGAAAUAUAAAUGCCAUUGUAUAUAGCAUGUUUAUAUUCAUGGUAAACUUAAUAACUAUCAUCCUGAAUAUGUAACAUGAUGCAAAUAAGCAUAUUUUCAAGGAAAGGUACUAGUGCUAUUUCAUGUGAUACAUUAAUUCAUACUUCUUUUUCUUCAUGGUCUUUUUUAGGUAUUUUAUGCCACAGUAUUACUAGUGGACAAAAUUAGCAAAACUGCAUUAUUUAUAGAAAACCACAGAUAAUAUGGAAAUUAGUCACCUAAAAAAUUCUGGCUACUAGCUGCUAGAAUAAUGUUAAUGAAAAUAUUCCCAGGGGAUAACCUAUUUUGAGUAAAUUUUGGCAAUUUGAAGUGAUUAUAAACUUUUGUCAAGAAUUGUUUGCUGCUGCUAAGUAUUCAGUUUUAUAAAAUGAACAGUGUUGAUGAAAAAGAAGUUAUUAUGAGGAAGAAAAUUAAAAUCCAUAUUUGAGUCUCCUUCGAAAAAUUAAAGGUUCCAUUCAAAGCCAGAACACAAUUUGAAACCUGGUGACAGAUCUAUUCUGUUUUCUUGUAGCUUUCCUCCACCUAGUAGACUAAAGCUGCUUACAUUUUUGAGAAAAUAACAUUUUAAAGCUUACAAUCAACUCUUCAUAUCCACAUGCAUACAUACAUACAUGCAGCCCCAUUUUUGCCUUAGAGUGAUAUGUGUAGAUAUUCCACAUUCUUCUACCCUUGAUGUCAUUUUUGUAGCACUGUUUAAUAUUUUCCUCGAAACACUCCUUGAUUGUUUUCAUUUAAGUGAACAAAAGUGGUCUGUUUUGUAUUCCUACAUAAUUUUUUUACGUCUUUUGAUAAAUUGCAUUAUCUCCCAACUCUUAUCACAAUAAUAAAAUUAAGUCAUGGGGGGGGUGAAAAGAGAGCAUGAUAUCUACAGUUUUGUUAUCUGGGUUUGAAAGUAAAGUAUUGUUUUCAGUUAUUUAUAAUAAAGCAUUAUAAAAUGUU